ACUCUAUAUAAUCCAAUGCUGCUAAGCUUUGGCUUCUGGGAUCUGUAUACAGAACACUGGAUUUCUGUUAAGGCCAGCAUCACCACAUCCACCUGCAAGUGUCUCAACUCUUAAAUCUAAACACAAGACUUCUCCAAAAUGAAGAUAUUCGGUUGGAUGCAAAACAAACUCAAUGGCAGGCAUGGCACCAAGCAACUUAAUUCUAUUUCAGUCAAUCACCUCCAUACACACCAAGAACCUCGAAACCAAGAAUUCAGCGAUUGGCCUCAUGGAUUGCUGGCAAUCGGUACGUUUGGAAACAGCAACAUAAAAGAAGAUUCCAACAAAGCUAACUCUGUUCAAGAAAAUCUAUCCCAAGAUCAUCUGCAACAGCUUACACUUGAAGAAGUAGAAAAACUUCAUGAUGAGGUAAAAUCAUUAUUGCUUAAUGAUACAGAAUCAGAUACUGCUAAGCUAGCAUUAGACAAGCUUCUCAAUGGCAAUCCCAGCUCGGAAGAUGAAAAAGAUUGCCAUCUUCAAGGCAGCACCCUCACAAUUCUUGGCACAGGGAAAGGAACAUGCUUGGAUAAUACAGGCAGUGCAAUGAACAAAAAGUCCUUGUCAUUUCUUCUGAAGAAGAUGCUUGUUUGCAGAGGUGGAUUUACUCCUACCCCUAUCCUAAGAGAUCAGGUCCCAGAGUCCAGAAUGGAAAAGAUAUUGAGGGCAACAUUUUACAAGAAGAUAUAUCCCCAAAACCCAAGUUCAACUUCGUCUACCAAGAAAUACUUGGAGAAUAAACACAAGCCAAGGCCUGUCAGCGAGGAUGGCAUAAAUCACAAGGAUGACAAGGGAAGUAAAUGGGUCAAGACAGAUUCUGAAUAUAUAGUUUUGGAGAUAUAAUUAAACUAAUUACCUCUUCCCGGCAGUGAAGAAUAUAUUACUUGAAAAACACAUGCUUCUGAGCUUUGGAUGCACUGAGAUGAACAGUUGAACCUAAUCAUUGAAGCGAAAGCUGUCUUCAUUCUUCAUGAAUAAUUCCUGGAAUAUAUGAUCUAUGUGGAUGAUCCAAUGAUUGAUGUGUACAUGAACUUAAUGAUUUUUUUUCCUUUACCAUUAUUGGUUGGCUGUAAUCUGUAUGGACAGUAUGGUGCUAGCUAGCACAAGGACAAAUCCCCCACGUCUCUCCUUGUUCUUUAAUUUCUUUCAUUUAAUUUUCCAUAUUUAGCUUAGUUUAAUAUAUACAUCUACCCUUUCUUCAAUUCCAA